GCACUUGCUGCCUCUCCCACGACACAAUCCCAAAUUAAACAAACUUUGACAAUGGCGGAACCUGUUGUUGACGACGAAUAUCUCAAGGAAAUAGACAAGGCUCGACGUGAACUUCGCGCUUUCAUCACCAGCAACCAAUGCGCUCCUCUCAUGCUUCGAUUAGCGUGGAACGAUGCUGCCACCUACGAUGCCAGAAACAGAGCAGGAGGCCCCAACGGUUCUAUCAGGACUGAUAAAGAGUUGAAACACGAAGCAAACGAGGGAUUGUUAAAAGCAACUCAAUUAUGUGAGCAUGUGAAGGCCAAACUUAAAAAAGUUUCAUACGCAGACCUUUACCAGCUAGCUGGUGUUGUUGCAAUAGAGGUCUCUGGGGGUCCAACUAUUGAAUUUUUGCCUGGGAGAAAAGAUUCAAUGGAAUCUUCAGCAGAAGGGCUUCUUCCAGAUGUCAAACAAGGUGCAUCGAUUAUAAGGAAUAUAUUUUCUCGUAUGGGUAUAAGUGAUGAUAAACACAUCGUUGCCCUAUGUGGAGGCCUCACUUGGGGGGAAACACUUAAAGAUCGUUCUGACUCUAAAGGUCAAUGGCCAAAGGACCCUUUGAAGUUUGAUAACUCCUAUUAUAAGAAAAUAUUGAGUAAGGAUUUAUCAUCUAGGCUUCCCAUAGAAGAUGCUUUACUAACCGAUCAAAGCUUCCGCCGCCAUGUUGAAGAGUAUUCAAAGGAUGAGAAUAGUUUCUUCAAAGAAUAUGCAAUGUCACAUAAGAAACUCUCAGAACUAGGCUACAAUCUCAAGAAGCAAAAUCAAUCAAAGGUACCAGAUGAGGAGCAAAAUCAGCCCAAGGGACCAUAUGAGAAGCUAAAUCAGCACAGGGGACUUAUAGGAAUCGGUAUAGUAUCCGUGGUGACCGUGAUAUUAGGUUACUUACUCAAGAGGAAGAAAAACCAGUUGAAGAAAUGAUCCAAAAUAGGACUUUGGGCUUAUUUUCUUUAUUUUUUUCUUCUUUUAAAAAAGAUUACAUAUAAUUUGUGAACUUCAUAAAUCUUUAAAUACCACUUGAAUAUAAUGUACAUCACUACAUCUUUUAUCCCUUU